CUUGUCUGAUUUGAAACUUGAAAAAAUGUUACUUAGUAAUAACUAUGGUCAAAUAAUUGUAAAAGAAUAUGGUCAUUAUACUAUAAAUUCAGACUUUUAUGACCGUUCUUUCAUUACUUCUGAUGAAUCUAUUUUCGACUUUUCAGAAUUUGUAAAGUUUAGCGAUGAUGAAAAAAUAAUUGUAUACGAAAAUAUGAUAUAUGACCUCGUAAAAAAUAAUAAGAAAUUAUGCUAUGCUAGUGGGAAAACGCUUCAAGGUCCAAAAAUUUUUAAACACAUAUGUGACGGAAAUCUUACUUACUACGGGAGGUCAAACGAAUUUAAAUUUAACAUCUUAGUUCAAUGGCGAUCACGAAGGAAUCUCGUUGGUAUCGAUAAAAUCAGGGAACUCAUAGGUACUAUCGCGAAUCAGCCUAGUGAUGUUUUUACAUUUUUAGUUUUAAAUGUGGGAUUCACCGAUAAUGCAGUAGCCGAAGUUAGAAAUUCAAGGUAUCGUUUUAUUUUAUGCUCAGAAAAUGAUCUUAUAUUUUUGAUGAACAUUAUGGAAGAUGAAUUUAUGAAGUUUGAAGAAAAUUUUAAACGUGGAAUUGAUUUAAGAGAAAAUAUAAGAAGCAUCAAAUUGGAGAGAGUUGAAAGUUUCGCGAUUAAGGAAAGUGAAAUUAUUGUUAAAGGGAACGGUAAAAUAAAAAUUUCUUAUCAGAACAGAUAUAAUCCAUAUUAA